AUGACUCGCCAGAAUGAUUUUGCCUUCAUCCUGGCUCCGUGGCUUCCACCUGCCAUUCGAGUAGCCAGAAAGAUCUUCGCUUGCUCUUCUUACAUUGGUUUCAUCACACAUUUACACACACAUUCACACAUCAUUAAGCUUUUCAAUAUCCCACCUCGAACUCCUGCUCAAGUAGUCCAAGACCUCACCAAACUGGCUGCUUAUGGCGUUCCAUAUCAAGUUCCCACUGGGACAGUGGCGUUAUAUCAGGAUCCCAACUACCGCGGUACGAGGUCCGACCUUCGCCUCAAUGACUACACUCCCAACAAGCGUCAUGUAGUCCCAGAUGCCCAGUUAGAUAAGACCAGUAAUGUAUUGUGGAACUUACCAAUCGGUGCGGUAGUCACUUUAAUUGGUGGCUGGGCUCCAGGAGAGGACGGAAAAAAAGUCGUCGAUCUAAGCUAUGGCAAUACAUGCCUUGAUCUUGUGGGUACCGGAACAACGGAAGGAUGUGAACUGUGGACUAGUGGUAUCAGUGCUGACAUAUCCAUGUUCUUUUGGAGAAAUGUUGAUCUAAGCAUUGGUGCCGUCGAGCUCUUCGCCGAUGGCAACUUCACCGGCAGACGUACUACAAUUUUCCUGGGCGAAUGGGAAUCUGGAAUGGUCCAUUCGUUCAGAAAUUGGGGAAUGAAUAAUACCUGCUCCUCACUCCGCUGGAAGUCACUUGGAGAUCGGCAAACAGUUACACUGUAUGAUGCCGAAGGGGGUGGCGGCACUGCGUACGACAACGUCAAGGGCUGGGGCGAUAUAAAAGAGGUCCCAUUCAUGUGGGAAGUCUGCUUUAACGAUUGCAUCAGCUCUUUCCGAUGGGACAGAGUUGUUCCCAAGAAAGAGAUUAUCGCUCCUUUCAACAUCAUGGCGAGCAGUGCAGCGAACACCUCAGGGCUCACCUCUAUCUCCGAAGGAGUCAACAACAGUACCGAGGUACAGCCCGUCACUGUCUCACUUACCAAUUCGAAUUCACAAACCGUCACUGUGGAAACUUCAGAUCAACACGUGGCAGGCAUCACGUCAUCAUUCUCCCAAACCUUCUCUACCGGGGCGGAAGGUGUCGCAACAUCUUCUACUCAAUGGUCAGUAUCGCUUAGUUAUUCGUACACCCGAACCGAUACUUCGACAAGAAGUACAACCAAGACGGUCGAUUUGAAUGUCACUCAAACAGUCAACGCACCCGCAAAGACCAGGUAUAAGGCCACAUUGCUAGUGACAAUAGGCCAACUCCCCGCUAAGGAGUACGUAACUACAGCUCAACGUUGGUAUGAAGAGCCGGUUGCCGGCUCACAGAUCGACUACUCUAACAAUAGCUGGUACAAGAAAACUGAGGAGGUCAGACCCAGUCUCUCUGGUAGCUUGGCAUGCAGAACUUUGGUGGACAUGCAGGCCACGCCACUCUAA